ACCCCAAUAUUACCGAGUUCCGUGUUUGGGUUAAUUUGUGCUGAUAUGGCUCAUAGAGUGAAAACUGUUGACUGCUUGAACCUAACUAGAUUUAUUUUUUGCUUUUAAAGAAAUAAAAUACUGGUUAUAAAUUCAUUUGGAGGCAUUUCUGGUAAGAACAAACACACACGACUUACUUCUUUCCGUCUGCAUUUGAAGUUUGAGCAGUAAAUCGACCUUUGUUAAAUUUAUUUGUAAGUUUGAAAUCAAAGAAACUAUUUGUGGUCAUGUGUAUAAAGUAGGUUAUAAUGCAGUGUAAAUAACUCAUUAAACUGAGGUAUGAGUGAUGUAGUAGCCUUGUUAUUAAAUAGUUGAAAUCACUUUAUUUAAAGGUUCAAGUGGAUGAUAAUGAAUGGUUUUUAUUUACUUUUCUUGAAGCAGAUGAUGGAUGCCACAACAGUAAACCAAGUUCUUCAUCCCUACUGGCCACGAGAUCUUUUGAUUCCCACCUAUGUUGCCAAUGACCGGUCUAUGUCAGAGAUCCUGAUGUUCCUGUUUUCUGUGUCUGGGCUGUUCCUGCUUGUGACCUGGCUGAUUUCUGGCCGGAGAGGAGCCACUGGAAGGUUGAGUACUUGGAGGCGUCUGGCUGUGUGCUGGUUUGCUGUUUGUGGUUUCAUCCAUGGUGUCAUUGAAGGCUGGUUCUCUCUGUAUUAUGCCAUCAUUCCAGGAGACCAGAGUUUCCUGUCACAGCUGUGUGAGUAUGGACAAUAGAGACAUUUGAGUACACAAACUAAGGUUGCUUUAUUAAUGAAUACUUUAAAUUCUCUCCACAGGGAAAGAGUACUCCAAAGGAGACAGCCGAUAUGUAAUGUGAGUAACUUUUUUCCACACAACAGUUGAACACUGACAUAAACAGGAAUCCUCAACUUAUUGCUUGUGCUCUGCAAAUUUGUUUUCUACCUAGAGCGGAUAAUUUCACUGUGUGUAUGGAAACUGUGACUGCAUGGUUAUGGGGCCCUUUCAGCUUUUGGGCUGUGUAUGCCUUACUAACCAACAAGCCCUACAGAUUUGUUCUGCAGCUUAUCAUUUCAUUGGGUAAGUGAGUCUUUGCUGCAGCUAAUAUCAGAAUCUUACCACUGAUUAUGUUUUUAACAGAGACUGUCUGGUUUACAGGUCAGCUGUAUGGAGCAGUACUUUACUUCUUCACUGAGCACAGAGAUGGUUAUUCCCACAGUGAGUUGGGACACCCCAUCUAUUUCUGGUUCUACUUUGUGUUCAUGAAUGUGUUGUGGAUCGUCAUACCUUUUUUGCUCAUUGUGGAUUCAUGGAAACAGCUUUCAGCCGCACAGACCAACACUGAUAUCAUUAAGUCACAGAAGUCUAAAAGGAACUGAUAACCCGAAGAGAUAAGGCUGUGAGACUCAAACUAGGUGAACACAUCAAGGAAACCAUAUUUUUUGUUGUUGUGGGACACAAUUUUAAAAGGUUGCAGUCAAAAGAUAUGUUUGUUUAGAGCUACAACUGUUUCAGCUGUCAGUUUACUGCUUUUUGCUUGUUGGAUGAUUUCCAUUUUACAUCUGAAUAUCCAGUCAUAGCCCUCAAUCAACUUCCAUUUUAAACUUCAAGGUUUUCCAUGUUUGAAUGACAACACAAUGAUAAGUUUUGUUCAGUUCUUGUGAACCAUUGCAGGGAAAUAAAAAAUGUUUUCUCAUA